AUGGCGGACGACGAACACCAGCAGCAACAGGUCGCCCCUGGCGGAGUGUACUCAGGCAAGAACAAGAUCCCAACAGUCGGCCAGUUCAUCGAGCGACUCGACAGAGACAAGAAAGACCGAGACAAGCAGAUUGAUCAAAGCAAAGCUGGACCAGGCGGCUCAGAAGCCGUACCUCACAAGAAUGAAGCCCCACAAGCAGCAAAAGGGCAAAAGACGGUCACAGACCCAACGACAGGAAAGCAGGUCGUCAUUGAAGAUGUGAACAAGGAUUAUGUUGACCGGGCGAAGAACCCCGUGCUGAGCGUGCCAAACACAAACUUGGGCAAAGAGACCGCAGUCAAGACAGAAGCGUCACAGACCGGCGCAGAAUACAAGGAGAAACAGGACAUCACAGCACCUCCAGACCCAGUGGCUGAGGGAUCCACCAGCGAUGUACCCAUCCACGGUGAGAAGACCAACAUCCUCUUCCAUCCUACACCGAGUACGAGCUAUGAGCCGACUUUCCAGCGUCUGGAGGAACGAGGUCUGUACCUCAUCAUUGGUGUCUUCUUUGGUAUCAUCCUGCUCGGCCGUGUUUUCGGCGGCAAGUACAUUGGCAUCAUCCCACUCGCAGCUUGCGUUGCCAGCGGCAUUUGGCUGUGGAUCAAGGAAGUUGUGAGAUCUGGAAGAGAAGUGGAAUGGCAGUCUGAGAAAGAUCGUGGCAAAUACGCUACGGCCAAUCUUCUGCCAGAGAGUGUCGAGUGGAUGAACACUUUGCUCGGUAUUGUCUGGGGUCUUGUCAACCCUGACAUGUUCCAGGCCGUGGCGGAUACGCUGGAAGAUGUCAUGCAAGCAUCUGUGCCUGGCAUCAUUGAGAACGUCCGCGUGGCUGAGAUCAACCAGGGCAGUAACCCUAUCCGCAUUCUCAGUCUCCGAGCACUGCCCGACGACCACAUGAAAGAGGUCAAGCAAGCCAUUCACGAGGAGAACAAGAAGUCCAAGGAUCCACAAGAGGCUGCAGCAGAUGAGGAGGGAGGUGACUACUACAAUCUGGAGAUCAGCUUUGCAUACCAUGCCGAACCAAGUGGCAAGCGUGCUAGCGAGAAGGCUCGCAACAUGCACAUGCAGCUGGUGUUCUAUCUGGGUAUCAAGGGCCUCUUCGGCGUGCCACUACCGAUCUUCGUCGAGCUCCAAGAGCUUGUCGGUACUGUUCGCCUGCGACUUGCCAUGACGCCAGAGCCUCCGUUCCUGAAGACUCUCACAUUCACGCUGAUGGGCGUACCGCAAGUCAGCGCUGGCUGUAUACCAAUGAUCGAGAAGGGUGUCAACAUUCUCAACUUGCCUUUGAUCUCCCAGUUCGUCAACUACGCUAUCGGCGCCGCGGCAUCUAUGUACGUUGCCCCCAAGUCGAUGUCACUGGACAUGCGUGCCAUGCUUCAGGGAGACGACAUCACCAAGGAUACGCAGGCUUUGGGAGUACUCUGGAUCCGCAUCCACAAGGCUGUUGGUCUCAGCAAGCAGGACAAGCGUGGCUCCAAAUGGGGAGGAAGCGACCCGUACAUCACACUGACGUUCUCCAAGUACGGCAAGCCGAUGUAUUGCACCAGGGUUAUCACAGAUGACCUCAACCCGGUGUGGGAAGAGACAACUGCAUUGCUCGUUACUCCUGAGCUUAUUAAGGCAGACGAGAACUUGAGCGUCGAGCUUUGGGACAGCGACCGACAUUCAGCAGACGACAUCGUUGGCAAGGUCGAGCUCAGCAUGCAGAAGAUGAUCCAACACCCGGGCAAGAUGUACCCUCAAGUCUCUCGCUUGGCGGGUAUGGAUGAGGGAUCUGAGAUGCCUGGAGAGUUGCAUUGGGAGGUCGGCUACUUUGGCAAGCCCAAGUUCCGCCCAGCGCUUCGAACAGACGGCAAGAACAAGGCUCUGCCGGACAACCUCAAAGAUCAUCCAGAGUUGCAGGAUGAGAAGGGCGUGGUCAACACCUCUGCCGACGAUGCCGUUCAGCAUACUCCACCAGAUCCGUUGUGGCCCAGCGGUAUCUGCUCCAUCAUCGUUCAUCAAAUCGUCAACCUGGAGCUUGAGAACGUCAAGGGUACUCAGGGCAGCCGGAAUGGUCGCGAGUUUGAGCCUGCCAAGCCGUAUGGCGAGGCUACUGAAGAGGAGGGUGGAAAUCUUCCUACCUCCUACUGCACCAUUCUCUUCAACGACGAGCUGAUUUACCGCACACGAGCCAAGGCCGUUAGCAGCAAGCCUAUCUUCAACGCUGGAACCGAGCGCUUCAUUCGUGAUUGGCGCAAUGCUAUCGUCACUGUCACCGUUCGCGACCAGCGCAAUCGCCAGCAUGACCCCAUCCUCGGUGUGGUGCCACUGAAGCUGAGCGAUAUCUUGGAGACCUCAAGCCAGGUCACUCGCUGGUAUCCUCUGGACGGAGGCAUCGGUUUUGGUCGAAUCCGAAUCUCACUGCUCUUCCGCUCUAUCGAAACACGCCUUCCUCCAAUGCAGCUCGGCUGGGACGUUGGCACAUACAUCUUCACAUCUCCCACGAUCACGGCUACGGACUACACUCAUCACGCUCGCAUCAAGCUUCGUACUGGUGGAUCGUCGGGCAAGAUCGGUCGCUCAGCGUGCCACGCCCUCGAAGGUGGUGAGAAGUCUGGCUACUACUGGGAUCUCAAAGCUGCUAGCGAAAAGGACGGCGGCAAGCCUCUUCGACUGCCUGUCAAAUACCGCUACCGCUCACCAAUUGUGUUUGAAAUGCACAUUGCCAACAAACGCAAGCCGGAUGCACAUGCAGUGUUGUGGUUGCACGAACUCAUCGACAACGAGGACAAGGAGGUGAACAUUCCGAUCUAUCAAACAACUGCCUCCGCCCGCCUGACCCAGAACUACAUCACGGAAGAGGCGGUCAAGGAAGGCAACAUUCCAGGCCUCGAGGACAUCAAGGAGGUCGGCAGAUUGCAAUUCACUGGUCGCUUCAAGGCCGGCAUGGACGAGAGUCACGAAGCCUUUGUCGCAGACAACAACUCGCGAGAGACUUUCGAGACCUGGGAAGCAUGUCUGGCCGAGGGCGUCCGAACACGCAUUGUCGAGAAGGAGCUUCCCGAGCGUGUGCAGACUCUUCACGACGAGAGCUUGACCGAGGGUCGUGAUGUGCUCAAGCAGGCUCCUGAAGAGGAGAAGAAGAAGUGGCUGACCAAGACCGGCACUGACUGGAGCGGUGCUUUUGGCGACGAUCCUGCCAAUUACAUGGACAACUCCGGCAGAAAGAGACGCGAGCCAGGUAGAGAUCCGCCCCUCCAGGACGGCGAAGAUCCCGACAACGAUGGCUUCACCGCUGACGAGGAUGACGAAGACGACGAUGACGACGACCUGGGCAUCCAAGAUGCUUCCAACGUAGAUCGUAGCCCCUCGUCGGCGCGCAAGUCCAUCGGUACCAUGGAGUCUGGCUGGACGGCUGGGACUGCUGACAGCUACGACGGCCAGUCGCAGAAGGACGUCAACAGGCAGAAUAAGAAGACUGAAGAGCGAAAGCAACGCGGUCUCAUGCAGUGGAAGCCGGCUCGUAACCUCAAGUUCGCCAAGGAUGAGGGUGUUAUUGGUCUGCGCAAGUUGAAGGGCAAGAUUACGGGAGGCCUUGAGGGUAGACAGCCUGGAGUGGAAACCGAGACAGGCACGUAG